ACACAAACUAUCAGAAAAACAAAUAAAAUCGUGUGGAAGCUUAAAAGAAGAGAGAGAGAGAGAAACAACGGAAGAGAUUAGAAUAUGCUGUGUAUGGUGGAUACUGCAGCAAAGCCAGACCUUCCUGCAUGCUCAAGGAUGAGAGAGACAGCCCGAGGUUGAGAGAGAGAGGGAUGGUGUUUGGGUUUAAGUAAGGGUUUACGUCUACCAACUGGUAGUUAGAGAUUGAACUCCUUAACCAAACUCUUAUAUCACCCGCAAGAACGAGCUCACGAAAAAGAAGCAGCAGCAAAUAUCAAGUCAAGCACCACACCAAACUCCUCGAACCCGGGCUCAAGCAAAACCCAUAAGAGUAGGAAAAAAAAAAAGCCCGAAAAGAGGAACUCUAUUAUACAAAAGGAGAUAGAGAUAGAAAGAGAAAGUUAUCAUUCUUUUGAGUUUCUCACAGAAGCUUUUAAAGAGAGAGAAGUGUUUAUGUAUGAUUCUCACGUGAGGAUUGAUACGAAUCAUAGAAGGAGAAUAUAUGAUUAUAAAAAAGAGCGAAAUGAGGCUUUGUGUUGUAAUAUGUGGGGAGGUCUCGGGAUCGGAAAGUAUUUAGUUUGGAGAGGAUCGUUUUCCUGCAGAUCGGUUGGUGUUUCCAAGCUUUGCUGCUCCCCACAACACCACCAACUGCUACGGGUUUCCAGUUCUGGGGUGACUUUGUAAUCUAAAUCGAAUACCCAGGUGGGGAAAUUUUGAGAUUUGAGAAAUAUGCCAACUUUUUACACUAGUUCAAGUAAUCAAAGAGAUACUGCGCCAAUACUCUACGUAAGGGAACAUUUGCCUAGUUCGUUUGCAGAAGCUCCGGUUCAAGCUCCGGUUCUUCAUGGUAAUAUGAUGAUGUAUAUGAACUCUGGUCCAUACUCAGAUUCUUUAGCUGAGAAUUCUCAGCAGCAAAACAACUGCAUGGACCCAUCGUUGGGUGCUUCAAAUUCUUCCCCACAGCAACGGGAAAUCUUGUCAAAUCUCGGUGGAUCACGCCUCGUGGAGCAUGAUUUCAAUGCAUGGGGGGAAGGUAGAAAUGGGAUACUAGUUACGCACCCAAUGGGUAGCGCUGCCAGCAUUCUUCACAGUGGACAAAACUUGCAGGGCCAGGGAUUGUCCCUCAGCCUCAGCACACAAAUUCCAUCAGAGUUCCACAUGCCAUCUAUCCCAUAUCAAAAUCCUAAUUCAGGAUUUGCUUCAUUAUUGAGUCCUAAUUCGUCAGUUGCAGGUGAUUGUGCGGAUAGGAAUGACUCUUCUAGAGAUGAACCGCUGAGAAGUGCUGAUUACUUGCCGGCUAGUUUUACUGGAGGCCAAGAUUUAAAUAAAGGGGAUUUAUCUCCGUUUGGAAUGUCGAGCAUUGUGAGAACCAUUCCCAAUUCCAAAUAUCUUAAGGCAGCACAACAACUGCUUGAUGAAGUGGUUAAUGUCCGAAAAGCUCUAAAGCAGCCUGAUGUUGCAAAAAAUGUUGGCAUCCAGGAGCAUCCGAUAACGAGUCCGAUGGAGAGUGAUGGAGGAACAAAGAAUGAAACUGCAAUGCCACCCACGGGUGGAGGGCCUCCAUACCCUCAAGAGUCAGCCUGUAAUUCUCCGCAUGAUCUUUCUCAUGCCGAAAAACAAGAUCUACAAAACAAAUUGACAAAGCUAUUGUCCAUGUCGGAUGAGGUCGAUAGAAGGUACAAACAAUAUUACCAUCAGAUGCAGAUUGUGGUGUCAUCAUUUGAUGUGAUUGUGGGAUGUGGGGCAGCUAAACCAUAUACAGCUCUUGCCCUCCAGACUAUUUCCCGCCACUUUCGGUGCUUGCGUGAUGCAAUCACUGGCCAGAUUCAAGUAGCUCGAAAAAGUCUUGGGGAGCAAGAUUCUUCAGGGAACAGUAAAGGAGUUGGAAUAACUCGCCUCCGAUAUGUGGAUCAGCAGCUCAGGCAACAGAGGACUCUUCAGCAGCUCGGUAUGAUGCAGCAACAUGCAUGGAGGCCACAACGUGGGCUCCCUGAAAGCUCUGUUUCGAUUCUUCGUGCUUGGCUAUUUGAGCAUUUCCUUCAUCCAUAUCCAAAGGAUUCUGAUAAGAUCAUGCUAGCGAGACAGACAGGCUUGACUAGAAGUCAGGUCUCAAACUGGUUUAUAAAUGCACGAGUGCGUCUCUGGAAGCCCAUGGUUGAGGAGAUGUACAAAGAAGAGAUUGGAGAUGCUGAGAUGGACACUAACUCUUCGUCCGACAAUGUGGGCAAGGCAACAAAAGGGAAUGAUGGGACCUUUGAGGAUAGAGGGGAAGAUUUCCAACAAAGUAUGAGUUCAACAGCCACCGAGAGAUGCAGCACUAGUCAACUCAUGGACUCCAAACCAGAUGGUGUUCCUGAUGUACAAAUGGCAGGAUCUCCCAGAUUAGUCAAUUAUCAAGACAGGAUUUGUGGAGAAGCCGAAAACGAAUAUGGGUUGGUGAAGCGAAGGGAGGAACAAAGGCCUAGUAUGGAUGGCUGUAAUCUCUUCCCUGAUGCAGCCAGUGAAAGGUUCAUGGCAGCUGCUGCUGCUGCCUAUCACAUGUCAGAGUUGGAGAGGUUCGGAGUUGGAAGCGGAGUGUCUCUCACAUUGGGGUUGCAGCACUGCGAGGGUGGUAGCCUACCCAUAUCUGGUGUGGCCCAUCACAGUUUCAUUACCAUGGGCGGGGACCAAAUUUAUAAUGCUCCACCAUCAUCUGUAGGGACCGAGACGGCUGAUUUUGAGUGCAUGAAUCCUGGUAACCAGCAACACAGGUUCAGUUCUUCCCAUCUAUUACAUGAUUUCGUAGUGUGAGAAUACUUAUUUUGGAUCCAUACGGUGGUGGUUUUUGAGCUGUUAAUGCUUGCAAGAGGAACAGUAAUUUCCUGGCUAUAGACUGUUCUUCCGAGAGCAUUGGUCAUGCUUGCAACUGGUAAUGGAAACAUUGCAGUCUGAGUAUGGAAAGCAUAUAUAACACGGUUGUAAUAUAUCACCAAAUUGGCAGAAGAUUAGCAUAUUGUAAAGAUACAUAUUAGUUGUUUGGCACGUGGAAGGAAAAUUGUACAAUCUGUGCCUUCUUCAGUGUGAAGAAGAAAAAGAUGUUAUGAUCCGAAAUAAAAAGAUUAGCAGAUUUUGGGUGA